AUGAAGCCGUUGGCCCUUUUAUGGUUGGUGCCGUUCUUUUUGGUCCCAGUCCGGUCCACCGUCCUCGACUGUCCCAGUCAAUGCUCGUGCGACGACAAGGUGGUCACUUGCCAAGAUGUUGAUCCAGCCACAUUGAACGUUCUCUUCGACGAAAUCGUUAGCAUUCAGGAUGGAGCUGAAUUGGACAAGCUUGUUAUCACACGAUGUUCGAGUGCCAUCAAGGAAUUCAAUGUGAAACUACCGUCCGCCUUGAAGGUGAAGUCGUUGGAGCUCUCGGGUUGUGGAAUUCAAAAGAUUGGGAACGGAGUUUUUGACAAAUUGAAUGGAUUGGAGGAACUUUUACUGCCCAACAACAACUUCCAAGUGAUUCCGCUGUUGGGCAAGCUAAACAAGCUCAAAACUCUCAACUUCAACAGAAAUAAGGUAAGAUAAUAUUACUUUUUAAAUUUUUGUUACCUAAAAUUUUAUUUUCCUUAGAUUCUUUUUGAGGUGUAGCUUUUAGGUAAUAUUUUUCUGUUGUAUCACUGCUAAAUAGUAUCUAAAUAUUUUUAAAACCUUCUUUAUUUGCUUAUAUCGUUGAUGAACUUGUUGUUUAGCUGAAUUUGAUCACAGAGGGCUCGUUCUCCGGCUUGGAUGAAUUGACUCAUUUGAGACUGAAGCACAACAACAUUUCAUCGUUCCCGGCGUAAGUGUUUUAUUAUGUAUAUUGUGUUAGCGGUCAAGGGAAUUAGCUUUUCUGCUACAGACGGUUAUUUCGUGGAUCCUCCGGUUUUUCGUCUACAACAUGCGACUUGAGAAGCCGUCAAGGGCUGACCUCGAUCUCUUCACUUUUACCGCAGGGGUUAGAGUGAGCGAUUUGGGGGAUCCAGAAUAAUCACCCGAAAUGCAUUCAGCCAUAGAAGGAAGAAUGCGCACCUGAAAGUGACAGCUGGAUACAGAGUUCGAUUUCGAAUUUGAAAAUUGAAACCGGCUUGGAAAGGAAAAAAAACUUACAAUCCUCAAAAUUAUUUUUUAAUAACUGAAAUUUUCCAUAGUUGUUAGCUUUAUAAGGUCAAAAAAUACCUAAAAUAAUAUAAUUGCAAUUUACAGGACAUCCUUAUUGGAACUAAAGACUCAUCUGGUGCUUUUGGACCUCUCACACAAUGCCUUGGCCAACGUUCCAGUCCAGAAUAUUCGAAACUCCCAAAGAUUGACGUAUCUUGACCUCUCCCACAACCACAUCACAUCAAUUGAACAGAUGGAGUUUGUCAACUUGGUCAAGCUAAAGGAGUUGAGGUUGAAUGGCAACAACUUGGCCAAUCUGAAUCCAAGAGCGUUCCUUAAUGUUCCUAGUGUCACUCAUCUCAAUCUACAGGACAACAAGCUGUCAGAAGUGCUUAUGCUCAACGCAUUUGAACAUCUUGAGGUGGUGAACAUCAGUAAUAACGCUAUCAAGAAGGUAGGAUUGUUUUUGUGCUCUAUUUCAUACCUAAUUUUAUCUUUUAUGUUGUUUUUGGGUAAAUUAUUACUUUUUGGUCUAUUUUUGUACCUAUUUUCCUUUGAAAACCACAUGGGAAAGAGACAUGAACUUCUUCACACGUAUUCUUGUUGAUUUAUAUCAUUUUUGCGUUGCCUUACGUUUAAUUUGCAGAUUCCACCGUUCAAAGACAUGACCAAUCUUCGACAAGUAAUGUUACAUGGAAACAAAAUCCAGAAGAUUGAGACAAUGACGUUCAGUUCUUGUCCAGAAUUAAAAGUGAUUGAUUUGAGGGUAAGGUAUAAUCAUACUUGGAUCUAUCUGUAUACAUAAUAUUUAGUCAUGUACCUAUGCAAACUUAUUAUUUUUAGAUGAAUGAAAUUUCUGUGAUUUCUCGGAACUCCUUCGACGCUCUACCUAACAUCAACAACGUGCUUUUGUCCAACAACAAGCUAACCUCAAUCCCUAAGGGCAUGUUUGAUGGACUGACCGCUCUUCAUCAGAUUUCUUUGGGUAACAACACAAUUACUGAAAUAAACAAAGAUUCCUUUACUGCCAUUCCCGAGAUAACAGCAAUCACCUUAGAUGGCAACAAGAUCCACAACAUUCCAAAGGAAACUUUCACCAGUAAUACCAAGUUAUUCUGGUUGAAUUUGGCUGACAACGGUCUGGAAUCCAUUGAAGAGGGAGCGUUACCUCCAUCGGUUGCUAACAUUUUGCUAAAUGGUACGUUUAAAUUGUUUUGUCACCUAAAGUUUGGUUAAAGCUAAUUGAAAUUUUUGUCUUUUCAAUAAAAUGGGAUUUUAGGUAACAGAUUAAACUGUGACGCCAAAUUUGAUUGGUUUAUCAAGUACCUCGUCUCCAACAAUGUCCGAACGUUCCUUCCUGAUCAACCAGAAGUUACGUGUAAUUCGCCUCCAGAAUACUAUGGAACCCGGUUGAAGGAUUUGAUGAUUCAGAAGGCUAACCGCACUUUGACAGAAUCGAUGAAGCAUCUUGGAUUUGACCAAAACAGCCAAGCCAAGAACGAUCUUCUUAACAGAAUCUUGCCAGCUCUUGGAAACAUGGGUGCUGGAGCUGGAGGCGACGCUUCUCCUGUCUUGAACAGUCUAAGUCAAGCCAUCCCAGCUCUGCGCAACAUUCCUGGCUUGAGUAUGUUGCCAGCACCAGAGAACUCGAACCCUGCUAGCAGGAAUCUGGAUUCAGCUGUAGAACAAUUUGCGGAGCCAUUGGUACGAUUGGCUGCUGGUGGACAAGCUGUGCCAUCUGACAUCAACAGCUUCAUUAAGUCCAUUCCCAAUCUGGUGGUCAACAUUCCUGGAGUUGGGGAUGUCGACAUCAGCAAGGUAGGUCUUUGUCUUUUGGGGCGUGCUUUAUUUUAUUACACACUUUUAAGUUUUUGGAGAAAUCUUAGCAAAUGGUUACCUAUAUUUAUUGAUUUCAGCUACCACCAAGUCUGAUUGAACACGUUUUGAAAGGAGGCCAAAUCCCUGGAGUACCAAAGGAGACUUUGCAAGGUGUAGUCAAGCAGUACAUGCAGAGAGUGUAUGCUGCUGCUGCCCAAGCCCAAGGAAAGCCACUGGACGAAAGCGUUGUCCAAGACAUUCCCAAUGUUGCCAAUUUGGACAAAGACAAGUACUUGAAGCCUCUAAACGAGUUGCCUGCUCAGUUCGUGACGAACGUGAUGAAGGGAGAUCCUUUGCCUUACUUAACACCAAGUCAAACUGACGUCAUCAAGGUAGGGCCUUUGACGUUGUCACAUUGAUAUGAUAUUGAUGAUUGUUUCUGUAAAUUUUACAAAAUUCUGUGAAGUUUUAGUUAUUGUUAUAUCAACUCUUUUUUAGGGUUUCUACACUCAAGGUAUGACAGUAGAAAACCCAGUGAACGGAAGUGGAAACAGUCUUCAAGGAAUGAAUCCUAACACAUUGAACAUGCUGAAGCUGUUGCCUCCAGGAUACGAUUGGAGCAAGCUUCCUCCGAGUGUGACAAAAGCUGUCAUGAGAGGAGAAAUGCCUAAUUUGUCUGACUUGCCCAAGGACCUCCAGGAUCACAUCAGAGAGAACCUGGAUUCACUAAUCAAGUCUAUGGGCAAUACUGUAGGUUCUAUGAUUAAUAUACUUUUGUUUGACAACUACCACGAUGGUUAUAGUUUACCUUCAUUUAAUAAUGUCAAUGAUUACUUUUCAGCCUGAACUCUCAAUCGACGAAAUCAUGAAGAAACUGCCCAACUUUACUCGCGUCGAACAAGAAACCUUUGCUCCAUAUGACAUCAACAAGAUCGACGCCGACUUGGUGGUCAAGGACACCUUGGACGUGGAAACGAUGCGAUUUUACAUUGCCAUAGCGUUGGGAUUGGUCUGCGCCGUGACGGUGGUCGUUCUAGCACUAUUCUGUUGGUACGGACGACAGCAACGAAUGGAGGAACGCAUCGUACAACCACAUCUAGGACCUCUGGGGUCCAGUACUCCUCGAAGGCCAAAACUUUCGUUCGACGAGGAAGAUGACCUCGAACGAGGCGUCCCUCCCUUCCCUGAACCCCACCCUCACUUGUCAACAUCAAGGAGCUCGAGACUUAACGAUUCCGCCGUAUAUCAACGACAUAACAUAUCCAGCUCACAUCAAUACGUGUAA